CUGACACGUGCUCUAGGUGGCACGCGUAGAGUAUCCGAUGUUUCUCCGGAGGUAAUAAGCUUUGGAAACCUCCCGAAGUUGACCAUAACUUCAUUACCACCCAUAUCGCAAAGGGGGCAAUGGAACUGGAUAUUCUCUCUAGCCCCAAUGGUAUGAAUGCAUCAGUACAAAGUCUUUCUCGUUUGAACCGUGUCUACAACCAAAAUGAUUCGAAUCAUGGUGGGAUCACUCAGAUACCUGACCUUCAAAAGGCUCCACAAAAUGCGGUCGAAUCUACAUUGGAGUACGACUUAGGGAACGGAGACAAGGCAAUAUCUCAAUACAAAGGAAGGGAGUAUAUACAACUAGCUGCAUUAUAUUGGUGUAUGUUUCUCGCCGGCUGGAACGAUGGAUCUACGGGUCCCCUCCUUCCAAGGAUACAAGAAGUGUAUAAUGUUGGUUAUAUCAUUGUCUCCCUCAUUUUCGUAUUUGCUUGUGUGGGCUUCAUAUCUGGUGCUUGUUUGAAUGUUCCGUUUUCUGAAAAACUUGGAUUCGGAAAGACGAUAGUUUUAGGUUCUUUUCUACAGCAGACGGCCUAUGCGCUACAGGCUCCUCAACUUCCAUUCCCAGUUUUUGUUAUGUCCUUCACAAUUAAUGGCAUCGGUCUAGCUCUACAAGAUGCUCAAUCCAAUGGCUUUGUUGCAUCUCUCAAAGAUCAUGCCGAGACCAAAAUGGGUCUGCUUCAUGCUAGUUAUGGUGCUGGCGCGCUCUGUGCGCCUCUUGUUGCGACACAGUUUGCUCAAAUGGACCACUGGUCGUUCUACUAUCUGGUUUCUCUUUCCGUCGCAACCAUCAAUACCAUAGUUCAAAUUGCUGUAUUCCGAUUCAAGACCCAAGAUGACUGUCUCGUUGAAAUCGGACAAGAACCAGGUGAGAAGGGAACCAGCGAGCACAGUCAUUUCCGACAAAUCAUGUCUCUGAAGAGUGUACAUCUUCUCGCUGUGUUCAUCCUCGUAUAUGUUGGAGUUGAGGUCACCGUAGGCGGUUGGAUAGUCACAUUCAUUCAGACAGUACGAGGUGGAGGUUCCAAAAGUGGCUACAUCUCUGCUGGUUUCUUUGGAGGGCUCAUGAUAGGGCGUAUCGUUCUUCUUUGGGUAAACCAAAAAAUAGGCGAACGUCGCGUACUCUAUCUUUAUUCGGCACUUGCUAUUGGACUGGAGAUUGUUGUCUGGCUUGUCCCUUCGCUCAUAGGGGAUGGGGUAGCAAUAGCCAUCGUCGGCAUGCUUCUUGGCCCAAUGUAUCCCAUCACGAUGAACCACACAGGUCGUAUUCUCCCUCGCUGGUUAUUGACCGGUUCCAUUGGAUGGAUUGCUGGUUUUGGUCAGGCAGGCAGCGCAGUGUUCCCAUUCAUGACAGGAGCUCUGGCCUCUAAAUUUGGUAUCAAAAGUCUUCAGCCUUUACUCGUGUCAAUGAUGGCUUUUAUGACUAUACUGUGGGCCUUCGUCCCAGGAGCCCCUCGUAAAACAGACUAAUGCAAACAACAAGGAAAAAAAAGACAUCUUAUGCUGGAUAUGCGUGCUAAAUACAAAAUGUAUUUUUCUUAGCUAGACUAUCAUCAAUCUCAGACUUUACAUUC